AUGACUGGAAGGCGGCCGGCCACAUACCCCAGUACAGCUUUCGGCGGUGGCAGGAGAACUCCUUACAUGUGCUACUUUACAACUGCCUGCUUCUGGACCUACCCCAUUGUUUGCCCAUUGGCGAUCGUCGUGCUGUUUUGGACGAACAUGCUUGACAAGCGGCUCUUCUACGAAUGCCUCUUCCACAAGGUGUUCCUGCAGCAGCACAGCAUGUCCUACCUUACCAGCUGGACGUUCUGGCUGCUGCUGUUGCACUUUGUCUGUGGGAUGUCCUGCGUCUUCUUCAAGGAUUUGCAGGAAGAUGACCUCCUCCGCCACGAGACUGCUUUCGGUUUUUUCGCGUAUUUCUCGUCGUGCGUAGCUUUCUUGUACGUGCUGUUCACGAAUUGGUCCGUGAACAGACUUGUGGUACCCUUGCCCAUGUUUGUCGAGAACGACCUGAACGGAGCCAUGACCCUGCUAAAGGAUUGCAAGUUCAUACGCGACGUCGAUUUCUGGAGGUACUUCCAGUCGGCAGAGACCCUUUUCGAGCAGGUCUGCCUCCGGCGGAGGAUGUCCUUCACAAUGACCACGAGCGAGAUGAUCCUCCUGAUCCAUGAACCAACGGAGGCGCCCGAAAGCCUCGAGCCUCAAACUUGUCGUUCCCCCCCAGGACAGGGUCUGCCUGCUCGGCCGCAGCUUCCGAGAGCGCCACUGCCGCCCUUAUUGGGUGUCGCGUUUCCUCUUCUUCCCCGCGGUGCAGGACCCGCGGUCGAGGAGCUUUCGGCAGUGGUCCCGGGUCUACUACGCGAUCGUCGGCCCUCGCGUGCAUCCUGUUCGGGUACACGAUGGUGUACACGCUCAACAAGAUGCUGCUCCUCCAGGGUGCCCAGCCGGACUGGGCCCUGCCCCUGCCGGCGCCGCACAAGGUGCCAGGCGCGCUCGAGGACAGACGUCGCGAAUGACGCUCCCGACAUGAUGCGCGAGGGCGGGAGGAAGUUACCGCUGGUGGGGGAGCUGGUGCCACCCGUGAAGUGCAGCGUGAUGGACGGCUCUGGCUUCAGCUCGGAGAGCAGCAGCCCCCCGCCGCCCUGCACGGGCUCGCGGCUCCGCCGGGCGGGCGCCGCGUCGGGUUCCGACCGUCGUGGCCGUGCUUUUCUGCCGUGCCCUCCAUCAGGAGUAUCCGUGUACCUGCGGUUCCGCCACGUGCUUGGUGAACCAGGCCUGCGGCGCCAUCUCCAGCACAUGUCGGCCCGCGGACGUGAUCCAGGUCGAGUGGCCGUGCAAUGGAAGCGACAUCGGUGCCCCCCUCUUUCGCAAGGAAGGGAGCACGCAGAGCGGCGCGCCGUACUUCGGCAACGGUAA